AUGCAGUCGUUGGUAAAGGGGGCUGCUGGUGAUAUCACGUGCAGGGUGAGUUCGGUGCUCAAUCGAGACACGAAGCUGUUCGGGAAGCAGCACAUGCUCGAUGGUUCCGACGAAACCUGCUGGAACUCGCACCAGUGGGUCGUUGUUGUGUUCCCCGAGGCGGUGGACGUGGCCGAAGUCAGGAUCAUGUUUCAGGGCGGAUUUGUAGGACAGGAGUGUAAAUUCUUGGUUUCGCCUGAGGAGAAGUCGAAGGAGUUCGCCUUCCUCGCCAACUUCUAUCCCGAGGACUGCGAGGCCAAGCGAGUGCGCCAGCUCAAGCUGCUGUUCGACAAGAGUACCGACUUCUACGGGCGCGUCACCAUCUACCAACUCGAUGUCCUGGGCCAGCCCUCCCCCGCCGAAUAA